UACUUAAAAACAGUAAUUCAAGGAAGAUAAAAGAAGAUUAUCAAGUAGAAGAACCAAAUAGAAUUAAUUUAAACUUUUCAAAAAAAACAAUUUUAUCCAAUGAAUUAGAUCAAUCCAUGAUGGAUAGUCAUGAAACGAAUAAUUUAGUAAAUUUAUCUAUCGAGGAAAUCUCAAAUGCUGUAUAUACUGGAAUAAUAUCUGGUUUAUAUAGAGGUCCGGUACUUGGUUUCCCCAUAACAAAACUUUCGAUAAAUGUACACUCAUUACGUUUAUUUGGCGCUGAAUCGACUAAAGCUGCAAUUAGUACAUGUGCUUCACAAGCUUUGACCGAUGCGUUAAAAGGUAGAAACCUUGUAUUACUUGAACCAUUAAUGAAUGUAAAUAUUGAUGUACCUGAAGAAUACUUGGGAGAUGUUCUUGGUGAUUUAACUGGAAUACGUCGGGGAAAUGUUUUAGGACUUGAAACUUCCGAAAAUAUUCACAAUAAUUUUGAUCGUGGAACUGCAUCUUUUGAUAUGAGAGUACUUUCUUUUGGAGUUAUGAGUGAUGAUCGAGCAAAAGCUGUUAUUCGUGAAAUGAAAGCAAAUGUGAAUAUGCGUUCGGAAAAAGCCAAUGAAAAUCACGAAUUGUAA